AACUAGGUGCAGUCCGACGCGCAGCGGAGCAGCAGCGGCCCGUCGCCCCUGAGCCGACGGUUAUAGAUCUCGAAAUGGAGGAUGUGUCUGACUUCCACAGUGCAACCUCCGACACCUCUAGUGACAAUGAAGAAGGCCCGGACGAGCGGGCAGACGAGAGGGAGGAGAUCGGCGCCCUCGUUCAUGAGGGCCCCACACCUGAGCGGUCGUCGAUCACGACCCAACAGGCAUCAGCAGAGGAGGGGUCUUCGGGUGCAGAUGACCAAAACAGCAGCCUUCCAGGUCAUCAACGCUUGGCCCCGAGUGUGGGAGCAGCACCACUACCCCCAAACCAGCUGCAGGGGGCCCGAAGGUGGCCCAGCCGCGAGCAGCUAAGGGAACUGGUACUCCAAACUAUAGCACUGCGCAGGGCAGCCGCCUGCAGCAGCAAUGAAACUAGACCAUCACCACCUUCCUCAGCUCCCAACCACUCAGAAGACACAGCAUCCAGCGGACUGUUUGUGUUUGGCACACAAUCCACAGCUGCUAUCGCAACAGACCUGCCCUCUAACAGUAGCACAACGGAAGCAGGAGGGCAGGAAACUCACCAAUUCCGUUGCCCCAGCUGCAACGUGGACUUCCACAGCAAACGUGG